AUGGCCAACGACAGGAGUCAACAGCCUCAAAUGGUGUUUGUACGCCAACGGCAGUCCUCUCGCGGUUUGUUUUCUCCCGAGGUUGUUGACCUCGUGGUACCUCCAUUGAAAUUCGGUGGUUACGCCGGGACCGCGGGUGUUUUGGCAGGUGUCGGAGGCUCAAUUUUCCAAGAGGCAAAUCCCAUAAUUUGGGGAGCAGUUUCUGGAUUUCAAUGGUUUACAUUAGGAACAAGCUUCUGGUUCACCAGGAGUAUUGUUGUAAAGGCAUGGGGCGGUGAAGAAAGACUCAGGAAUGGCGACAAGACAAUUGCCAGCGCAAUAGCUGGCACAGCAGCUGGUUCGGUGGGUGGCUUGAUCAGAGGGCCGAAAAACAUUCUUCCCGCGAUGCUCGUCUUCACAACACUGGGAGCCGGUGGUCAAAUGAUUGCGAACCGAAUGGCAACUCGAAAGCCAAAAGUUCACGAUGAGAAAGAAUCGUUCUGGAGCCGAUUAUCUCCCCUUAAGAAGCUUACGGAUCAGGAGUAUAGAGAUAUGAUGUCAGAAAAGAUGCUGAGGAUAGACGCUGAUAUUGCACUUAUUGAUGAUCGCAUCGCUGAACUAAAAAAGCAGGCUGAAGAUGAAGAACUGAAAGGCUCGUCAACAUAA